GGGCCAGUUAAGUGCAGUCGAGUGUAAAUUAAACAUGAAGUGCUAUACCCUGUUUUUAGUUGUGUGCCUGGCGUUGGUUAGUUUCGCCCGGGCAAUGCCUGCCGAGGAUGAUUCAAAGGCGGAGACUCUGCGCCUGGAAACCGACAACAAUGGCAUCGACAAAUACUCCUUUACCUACGAGACCAGCAACGGCAUCGCACGCAGCGAGGAGGGCGUCCUGAAGCCGGGCACCGGAGACGCCGAGGGCGUGCUCGCCGUUUCCGGCUCCAGCAGCUGGACGGCGCCCGAUGGCAAGAAAUACGAGAUUACCUUCACCGCCGACGAGACGGGCUACCAUCCCAUUGUCAAGCUAGCUGCCUAGACACGGCCCAGACAGGCCGACUAACAAUUAAUGGAACAUUCCCAAAAAACCAAACAAAAAAAAUUGCAAAUAUACAAAAAUUAUAUAAAAAUAAAUAAAUAAUAUAUAGAAGCUAUAAA